CACAAGGCCCAGGGUGCUCCACGGAUAUUGCGCAUGUGCAUGGAAGGAAUCGCGCAGACAGCUGAUAACUCAUCUAUUAUGCCACUUCGCUAAAUAAAAGGUGCCAGAAAACUGCGAACUAAACACCGCUGGAGCCAUUUGAGGACAAAGCAAUAAAGGCAGCUGUGCGAUGGGAUGUGAGUGUGUCUGGAGGACCACGGAGCAGAAAGAGGCGCCCUGUUUCCACUGAAGACCCCAGAACACGCGCUCAGACGUGCGUCACACACACCGGGAGGAAGCAGGAAGUAGGAGUCCGCAGUCAGGAUGUCGGCCCCGCCUGAGGCCACCCCGCCCCUCAUCAACCCCCCGGCCCCUGAAACCUCCAACCCCACCAAGCCUGGCCGGAAGACAAACCAGCUGCAGUACAUGCAGAACGUUGUGGUCAAGACACUCUGGAAGCACCAGUUUGCGUGGCCCUUCUACCAGCCUGUCGACGCCAUCAAACUGGGCCUUGCCGACUAUCACAAGGUGAUCAAGAGCCCCAUGGACAUGGGCACCAUCAAGAAGCGUCUGGAGAACAGCUACUACUGGAGUGCCAGCGAGUGCAUGCAGGACUUCAACACCAUGUUCACCAACUGUUACAUCUACAACAAGCCGACAGACGACAUCGUCCUGAUGGCCCAGGCGUUGGAGAAGAUCUUCCUGCAGAAAGUGGCCCAGAUGCCCCAGGAGGAAGUGGCUCUCCUGCCUCCAGCCCCCAAAAACAAGGCCCGGAAACCAUCUGGCCCUGGUCAAGUGAGCCAGCUAGCGGAGUCGUCCGCCUCGCCCCCCAACACGUACCCCAGCACCCCGCCUCUCGCCCCCCAGGCGCCCGUCAUCUCAGCCACGCCCACGCCCGUGCCAACCGUCGCCUCCGCCCCCGCACCCACGCCCACCCCAGCGCCGCCCCCACCCGCCAUGAUGCCCACCGCACAGCCCGUCGUCAAGAAGAAGGGUGUGAAGAGGAAAGCAGACACCACCACCCCGACCACGUCAGCCAUCGCUGCCAGCAGGAGUGACUCCCCUCCCCUGGACACCAAACAGGCCAAGGUGGCGUCCCGCCGCGACAGCGCCCCGCGCCCCCCCAAGCCCCCCCGCAAGGAGGAGGAGGGGGCGGAGGCGGGGGGGAAGAAGGGGCGGGCGGGGGCGGGGGUGGGGGAGCAGAUGAAGCACUGUGACACCAUCCUGAGGGAGAUGCUGUCGAAGAAGCAUGCGGCGUACGCCUGGCCCUUCUACAAGCCUGUGGACGCUGCAGCCCUGGAGCUGCACGACUACCACGAGAUCAUCAAACACCCCAUGGACCUCAGCACUGUCAAGACCAAGAUGGACAGCAGAGAAUACCCCGACGCCCAGAGCUUCGCCACGGACGUGCGGUUGAUGUUCUCCAACUGCUACAAGUACAACCCUCCUGACCACGAGGUGGUUGCCAUGGCGCGCAAGCUGCAGGAUGUUUUCGAGAUGCGCUUCGCCAAGAUGCCCGACGAGCCUGUGGAGCCGGCGGCGCCCCCGGUGGUCAGUAAGAGCACGGCGAGCAGCGACAGCAGUGCCGGCUCCUCCUCCUCAGACAGCUCCGACUCCGAGGAGGAACGCGCCACGCGGCUGGCCGAGCUACAGGAACAGCGGUUCACUCAGGAGCACCCCGCUGCCAAAAGGGCGGGGGAAAAAAACGGGUGUGCCAAACGUUUCCAGUUGAAGGCGGUCCACGAACAACUGGCUGUCCUAUCACAGGCUCCGGUCAGCAAACCAAAGAAGAAGAAGGAGAAAAAGGACAAGGAGAAGAAGAAAGAGAAGGAGAAGGAGAAGCCGGCCAAGGGGAAGGUGGAGGACGAGAAGAGAGCCAAGGCUCCGCAACAGACCAAGCCAGCCAAUCAGAAGAAAGCUCCGGCCAGGAAAGCCAACAGCACCGUUACAGCCCCCAGGCAACCGAAGAAGGGAUCGAAGGCGGGGCCGGCAAACGGCGAGGAGGGGGAGGAGCCGUCCCUGCCGAUGUCGUACGACGAGAAACGCCAGCUCAGCCUGGACAUCAACCGUCUGCCGGGGGAGAAGCUGGGCCGCGUCGUCCACAUCAUCCAGUCCCGCGAGCCCUCGCUGCGGGACUCGAACCCGGACGAGAUCGAGAUUGACUUCGAGACGCUCAAGCCGUCUACUCUGAGGGAGCUGGAGAGAUACGUCAAGUCCUGCCUGCAGAAGAAACAACGCAAGCUGCUACUGGGUUCUGGGAAAAAGAGUUCCAGGUCUAAGGAGGAGCUGGUUCAGGAGAAGAAGAGAGUGUUAGAGCAGAGACUACAGGACGUGAGCGGACAGCUGGGCAGCAGCAAGAGAUCGUCCAGAACAGAGAAGGCGGCGGGCGCGGCUGCAGGGGGCGGAGCCUCUCGUCUGAGUGGCAGCAGCAGUUCCUCUGAGUCUGGCAGCAGUAGCUCCAGCGGGUCCAGCUCCAGCAGUGACUCAGACUGAACACACACACACACACUGAACACACACACACACGUAUACACUCACAUAUACACACAUACAUGCACGCAAACACGUGGAUCCAGCUUCUGUAGUGACUCGGACUAAACACACACACACAAUAGAUCUGUCUCCAGUAAGGACACACGUACAAACACGUAGACACAUGACACAACACACAAACGUGUGAAUCCAUCUCCAGUAGUGACCCGGGACUGAACAUACAGACAUGUAUCCACUUCUAGUUGUGACUCAGACUGAACACACACACACCACCCGAAGGCCACUCGGAGGAGUUCCAUCCUGAAGCCAGACUGUACAUAUGUGAGGCCCUCUCGCUCAUUUAACCCUUUUCUAGCUACUAGUGCUAAUCUCCUUGGAGGACCUUCUCUCUGAGGAACAGCAGGUGUGGUCUGAGGAACCUGGCCAUGUGUUGUACGUAGAGGCCCGUAGUGUCGUACGGCCAGUAGGAACAGAGUGAGACUGCAGUAUCUGACUGUCCCUAGUCUCUCUGUGUUGUGCUGCCCUACAAGGGCACCGCCUGGUACCACCCCCACCUUCGUCUACAGACAGGAAAAGCAACGUGUCUCUUCCUCUGCAGACAGGAAGAGCAAUGUGUCUCUUCCUCUGCGGACAGGAAGAGCAACGUGUCUCUUCCUCUACGGACAGGAAGAGCAACGUGUCACCUCCUCUACGGACAGGAAGAGCAACGUGUCACUUCCUCUUGGUUAUCCCGGCUGACCACGGCUGCUGUCUGGGAGGCUCGUUGUCGUUAUCCCCAGAGGGGAAUCCUGGACGACAACACUAAAGACUUUUUUCCGUGGCAACGAUAGCUCCCUUCCCCUGGCAGACUACUGCUCUCCCCCCUGCCCCGACCCUCCCUCACCUCAGCAACAUUCCAGAAGCAUCCACGGUCAGAGGGUUCUAGCCAGCGCCGUAAACACCGGCGGCUCUGGACCACAGCUACCGAUCAACUCGGAAACAGUAUCGCCACGGUUACAGCAUAUCCGUGGUUACUUCAGUCGUCACAGGAUUAACGAUGAUGUCAUUGAAACGUUCCGUGGAUUCAGAAUGACAUUUGUUUGGUUUUUUUUAAGUGAUCUCUGGAGAAGCAUGGUACACGUCUCAAUCCUGUCCACCUCCUCUGACCUCCAGGGUCUCCCUGACCUCUGACCUGCCUGCAGCCCCCAGGCUUGCCGUCUAUUUGCAGAGUGUCAGAGGCGGAGGUCAGGACGUCAGUUAACCCAACACUACUUCUUCAUAUUUCUUCACGGAUUGUGUUGAUGUCUUUUACGUGUCUCAUAUUUUGUACCAGUGUUUGUUUUGAUACUCCCCACUCCCCCCCCCCCCCUGACCCCAGUACACAGGGCAGACCAGACUGAUUCUUGGGGUUGGGAAUAAACUGCCCUGACAGACAAACCUACAAACCCACCUCUGAUUCUCCACUAAUCAGCUCCUCGAGUGAUAUGUCCAGUUAGUCGAUUUAGAAUUUGUUCUGCAGAGCCGUUAAGACUGGGUUUUCUUUUUUCCUUAGGGUUUUCCUCCUACUUUUUUCGCUGUUUCUCUAGCUCCUGUCUCUUUCACUCCCCUCUCUCUCUCUCUCUCUGCCAGUGGUGGGGCAGUGCCAUACCUGGCACCUGCCAUUACUGCCACCUGUCAUUUCUGAAUGUAAUACAAUGGUUUGUUUGUUUGUUUAUUGGACAGCGGUUCUAUUGAAAUGUUUCAUUUUUUCCUAUUCUGGUGUAACAAACACUAACUGUAGCCUGGUUCUCUGUAGUAUUUGUGUGAAAAACACAUAAAACAACUUAAUUAGUUUACUGAACACAGGACACAUGACAGUCUGUUCAAAGUAAAUGUCAACCAUCUUUUUGUUUUCUAUUUGAGCAUAGCGAGACCUUUUGUAAAUCAAGCUAGUGAACUAUGUUGUGAUUUGCUCUCUGGUCUUCCUUCCAAAUUCCAAAUCAUGUAUUCAGGUUGUUUGUUUGAUACCUUGUGUAAUACAGCUGUGGUGACUGAUGACAGAUGUGGCUGUUUUAUCUGACGUGGUAAGUGUGACUGUCUCCAGUCAGUCCUGCGGCCUGAGAAGGGGACACCCAGACGCCUGGCGACCCACAACACAGACAGCAUCAGCUGGAUUAGCUGAGUGAUGAAAGGGGUUAUGAGUAGAAGUCUUUUCAUCAUAUUCACUCAUUUUUGUUUUUAGUUUCAUGGUCAAUUUAUAGUUGAUUUUAUAUUUUAAUUAAAUGAUUUUAUGUAUUUGCAUGCA